UAAGCGUCUCUCUUCUCCAUAGCUUCAAAUUGUCGAUCUUGCUAGUAGUCAUGGAUCCUAAUGGCUCCUACCCCAACAAAGUUACAUCUGGUGAGAAUGAUGCCUACAUUUCCCCCUUGCAUGAAGCAUUGAGAGGCACGAGAGCCAUGCCAGUGUUAAAUGAUAUUUUGGCCUUUGAGUCACUACCAUCAGAUUCACCUUCCAUGGCGAACUCCUCAUCUGCACCCGAUGCACCACCUGAACCUACCAUGAUGCUAGUCAAUGAUAGUUCCAUGAUGCCACACCAAGAGAAUGUAGGUCUAGCACCACUCCCACCACAAUUGUCUGAUACAAUUAUUAAUCCUUUAUCCAUGGUUAAUACCAUAGUGUCCCAACCCAACAAUGAGGAAAUCCAUCAAGAUGAACAUGAAAUGUUCAGGCAUGAAGACUUCCUUUCAAACCCUUUGUGGAAUUACGCUGACUCCUAUCAUCAUACACAUACCUCGUCCAUGGAGUCUCCAUCAUUCACAUCCUUACUCCAAACAGAUCCAAAUUCUAUUGUUCAUACCCACCUUAACACUAAUGGAGCAAUGGAGGAUGGUUCAAUCUAUGACAUGCCCGCCAUGCAUGUCUCUGAGAACAUACAAGAUGGAAGGCUACUAUAUGAUGCUUCUUAUGGUGUACCUGCCCCUAUUUCUCCAUUCAUGGCAACCUCACAUGUACCAAGAGAAUAUAACACCCCUCUAGUUUGUCCAAAUGGCAUUUCUGAUAGUGCUAUUUUGCAUGAUUCUACAUCCUUGGGUAAUUACACAUGCAAGAUUUGCGGUCGCAAAUUCAACACAUCUCAAGCCUACGGUGGUCACAUGAGUUCCCAUGCCAAAGAAAGGAAGAAACACCUACAAAGUUGAUCUUCCCAUAUGUACUUGGACAUCCCAUGAUUACCAUUCUCGGGACAAAUAUUUCUACUAGCACCAAAAUGGUUGAAGACCGAGAGCUUCUAGCUCAAGUGGAGAAAUUUUAAUAGAUUUUAUUUGUUUUUGGAAACAAAAAUAUCAAUGGAGUAACAUAAGAGUGAGAAUAUGUUGUGAGGGUGUGAAACAAUUAAUAGAACUAUCUUUGUUUGAAUGGUAUGUGUUGUUGUUUCCAUGUUUAACUAAUAGAUUCAUCUUUAAUGGUCGUGUACCAUGUUAUUCUCUUCCAUAUUAAUAUAUGAAGGAACCAAGAUUUUUAA